UACAGUAUCUGUCGGGGAUACAGCAUCUGAUACUACAAGGGCUUUAGGACCGUGGUGCUGCAGUGUGUUUCUGUCGGGGUGGAUGCAGAAGAAAAGAGGAGGGGAGGCUGUGACCCGGGAGGAGGAUAGGGCGAGUAGAGAAGCAAUGCUAAAUGAAGGGUACAGUUAAGAGUCAUUGAGAGACACCCAGAGAGGGGAUCGGAAGGAGGUGUGUGACAUAGAUAAGCAACAGACACAGAGGGAUCAGGCUCAUUCUCCUCUGCCAGGUAUCACACACGAGGUCGCCCAAAUGAACAUGUCAGUGUUGACUUUGCAAGAAUAUGAAUUCGAGAAGCAGUUUAACGAAAAUGAAGCCAUUCAAUGGAUGCAAGAGAACUGGAAGAAAUCAUUUUUGUUCUCUGCAUUAUAUGCUGCCUUCAUAUUUGGUGGUCGGCACUUAAUGAAACAACGAGAAAAGUUUGAGUUAAGGAAGCCUCUUGUCUUAUGGUCACUUAGCCUUGCAGUUUUCAGUAUAUUUGGUGCUGUUCGGACGGGUGCUUACAUGCUGUACAUUUUGAUGACCAAAGGACUAAAGCAAUCCGUUUGUGAUCAGAGUUUCUAUUAUGGACCCGUCAGCAAAUUCUGGGCUUAUGCUUUUGUGCUCAGCAAGGCACCAGAGUUAGGAGACACCAUUUUUAUUAUACUUAGGAAACAGAAACUAAUCUUUCUUCACUGGUACCACCACAUAACAGUAUUGUUGUAUUCAUGGUACUCUUAUAAGGACAUGGUGGCUGGGGGUGGUUGGUUUAUGACUAUGAACUAUGGAGUGCAUGCUGUUAUGUAUUCUUACUAUGCCUUGCGGGCAGCUGGCUUCAGAGUUUCUCGCAAGUUUGCCAUGCUGAUUACAUUAUCGCAGAUAACUCAAAUGCUCAUUGGCUGUGUGGUGAAUUACUUGGUUUUCUCCUGGAUGCAGCAAGGACAAUGUCCAUCCCACGUACAAAAUAUUGUCUGGUCUUCUAUCAUGUACCUCAGCUAUUUUGUGCUCUUCUGUCACUUCUUCUUUGAAGCCUAUAUCACCAAAACCAGGAAAGCUGCCAAGGCAGACUAAUGGUGGUAAUCCAAGCCGUCAUAGCUCAGGGUCAUAAAAUAUUCAAAUACAAACAAAACAGAAUUAGGAAUAAAACAAUUUUAAAGGCACAAAGAAAACCAUAUCUCAAGCACUUAGACGCGGAUUAAUGACUGAAAGCAAAGGUGUCAUGUAUUCUGCACUAUGUCAAGGAAAUAAAACCUGGAUGAGUUCUGAUCGGUACCACUCAGUCCCAGUACUACAUCAUUAUUAUGGAUAUUUCUAUGGUACAAACUGGUAUUUUCCGGUUGUCCCAAAUAAUACAGACUAAAUAGGAAGCCAAUUCAUUUUUUUUAUGAACUGCCAUUUUUAAAUACUUUGUGGAAUAAAAUAAUUUAUGAUGGAUAGAGGGUAUGGUAAGCAAGAAAACAGGAACAAAGAAGACAAUGUGUUUCUCUCCAGUAAAUUAUAUAUGUAUUUGCUUUAGUAUUACAAAGAUAUUGGGCAAAGUUAAGAAAAAGCAACCCGUCUCAUAAAGGUUAACCCGUUAUGUAUGUGCGCAGGUUUGGUUCCUAUUAAUAUGCAAAUCAAACCAGUUAGCCAAGAUGAUUGCUACAGUAUUAAUGCAAGACUUUUAUCAUUAUACAGUACGUAUCUGCUAGAUUUUUUGUCUAGUGCAAUUCAACCUGGACUCAACAGCUGGAACAGACAACUCGCAUAUCAAAGCCUCAUCGGUCUUCGUUACUACCUGUGGACUAAAUAAUAGACUUCAAGGAAGGAUGAAAAGUUAAAGUAGUUCAAAAUAAAUAAAUUGAAAAUAAAAAUACUAUUGUCUGAAAGUGAAAACAAAUUUGAUACAUAUAUACAGUAUAUAUUAUUAUAUACUAUUACUCUAUAUAUAGAUAUACUAUAGAAAGCCUAAAGCCUAAUGUUUUCUAUUUUUGUGAACCGUUUUCUUCUCAGAUUACUACUGCAGGGCUUUGUGUGUGAGUUAUGUUAACGUUAACACUGUGCUUUUAUUUUAUUUCUUGUAUAUGCUUUUAAAGCAGUACAGAAAUGACUAAAGUGCCCUCUAUUGGUACAUAUGUAGAAUGCAACUAACACAAUGCUAGGAUUUUAAUAAUUUAUUAGUCCUUUGUAGGAUUUAACAAAUUUAAAGCAACAGUCUUAUCUCCAGAUUUCUGUACCCUGACUUUUGAAGCAGGUGAAAGGAAGGAAUAAAACAAAAUAUUUCAAUAAAUCCACAAUCCAGAGGUCAAGUUAUUUCAAGCCAUAUACUUCAGAAGAUCAUAAAAUGAGUCCAGAAAAGCCAAAUACAAUGUGUACAAUUUCCUAGCACUUAAUGUAAUUUGAUGUUAAAUGUUUAAAUGUAGUCUUAAUUGUAUUCAAUAGUUUAAUAUAUUAGCAGAUUAGCAGAGCUACAAGGAUAAAGCUUAGAGGGGACUAUUAUGUGCAUAAGAAUACAGUAACAUAUACUGUAGUAGUCACAAUCAUGUAGGAAACUCGCAGUCAUCAUUGUAGAAUCCUGUGGUAGAUAGAAGCACAUUUCCUGCCUACUUAAAACUGUAUUUAAUUUAUGAAGAAACUAAAACACAAGGGAUUUUUUUUUUAGCUUUAAUGGUGCUGCCACUCAUGCUGCUUUUUUAAAUUAAUUAGUUUCCUGGUAGAGAUGGCAGAGUCUACAACUUAGUGUCUCCAUAAUGGUAAAAAGAAAUGUAAUGUUAUAUGAUGCAUUUUGUCUUAAUAGUCAUAAUGAGAGAAACAAGGAACACAUACAGAACAACUGUAAGAAACAAUAACGUUUACAUUAAAGUUAAUGAAAAUCUUAAUAAUGA